UACCUAAUCAUACAGUUUACUUAAAUCUGAUCGUAACCGCACACUCUUUUUGUAAUGUUUAAUAUCUAAAGAUAUAUCAAACCUUUUUUUCAUGUCACCACGCAUUUUUCUUGAUAAAGGAAGUGACAUUUUUUGUCCGGGUGGGACAUUUUUAUUCCAUGGUUCAUUAACAGCGAUGUAAACAGUUGUGUGAAAAUUAUUGCGCGGUAGUGGCAGGGGAUCUUUCAGUUGCCUUUUAUAGCUUGUGAUUCACUGUUUGUUCAUAUCAAUUGAAAACUUGAUUUAUAAAAUAGAACAUUUUGGGAAUAAAUACAAAAGAAAAUGUUUAAGGACAUAGUUAAUUACGUUACUUUGAUUUGGAUAUUAAGCGUGAUACAUUUAUCAGAUUCGUCUGAUGAUGACAGUGUUUGUGAGCCGCCCUGGGAGAGAUUUCACCAAUCAUGCAUUGUAUUUAUACAGGGGAAAGACACAUGGCAAGUAGCUCGAAACAUGUGUUUAAGUAUAAAUUCCGAUCUUUUGAGCAUAAUAAACAAACAAGAAGAUCUUGAAAUUGAUCGGUUCUUAUACCGCUACCGGAAUGAUUCUUUAAACUGGUGGACCGGGUUACAUAAAGUGGAUGGAACCUGGGUAUGGACAUAUAAUAAUGAGAGCUAUUCUGGAAUACCAAAAUGGGCGCCAAAUACACAGUUGAACGACACACUUUCAGCGAAUAAAUGUGGCCUCAUCGAUUAUCAGGGAUAUUUAAAUGAUGUGAACUGUAACACCAAACAACAUUUCAUUUGUGAACGAAACAAAACAAUACAGCUGACAACACCGACGCAUUCAUCUCCCACUACCCGAGUUUCAACAGCAUCAACAAUCUCGACAAAUUCAACAGCAACACCAACCACAACAAGAUCAACAACAUACGCUAUACCAACACCAGAUAUAAGAACACCAUCUACGAGGAUUACAGAAAGUCCUGACACUACGAGAAGAACAACCACCAUUCUUCCAUCAUCCUUCACAAACACUACAACAAGUGGUAUGACAACAGAGAGUACAACUGAAGUACCCAUUAAGUCGACUACCACAAUUGGCACAACUGAAAAAGAAUUGACUAGUCCUAGUCAGUCUAACACUGAUAGCACCAUUACUGGAAUCACGUCUGAAAACACGGUUGCUCCAACAACUGAGAGAAACACAACAGAGGACCACAUUGUACACACGACUGAAACAUCCACUGUAAUCCCUAUAACAAGAACUUCGUCAAAAAGUACGAGUGUCUAUACAACUACUGUAAAUGGGACAGAAAGUUCCACAUCCUCGACACACAUACCAUUUACCGAUGAACAAACUACACAAAAUACAUCAACAGAAUCUCAAAUAGAAGAAAAGGACCUUUUUCGGGGAUGCUUCAAAAUAAACUACGAAAGCACGUGUCCACCAGUUGAAGCAUUUGGGUUUUCUUGGCCUCGCUCUGCAGCUGAUACACGGGUUAGAGUUCGUUGCAACACAGGUUUUGCAAAUUGGAAAUGUGACACGAAUCCUACAUGUUGGAGGGGUGAACCGGAUGUCAAACAAUGCACUUCGGAGAGCGUACAAGAACUUACAAAUCAGAUGGAAGAAUUUCUAACAAAUACCAGCAACUCAGAAAAAGCAAUUGAGUUUACAGUUAAUUUAGCGGCAUCCGUAGAAACAGAGAAUGUGAUGUCAGAACAAGAUUUAUUCCAGUCAACAAAAUUAAUGGACGCGGCUUCAAAAGCCAAGCCAAAGAACUCGACUGAAGCAACUAGUAUCAUCAGGAACGUUGCUAAAUGUGGGAGCGGUUUGGUCGGAAAGACGGAGACAUGGACGUCUAUGAACAAAGAAAGUCAGAGGUCAGUAGCAUCGUCAUUGCUUACAUCUAUGGAAUCUGUUACCAAUAAUAUGAUUGAAAGCUUUGAGGAGCCAAUAGUGGAAACUAUACAGGAGGAAAACAUGGCAAUACAGCUACAAGUUAUCGAUGUUGACAAAAACGGAUCAGAAGCAGUAGACACUAUCUUUAAAGCAGACGAAAAUGAUUUUGCAAUACCGCAGGAAAAUUUAAAGCGUUUUAGCACAGGUGGUUUGGCGAGAUUGGUGUUCAUCAACUAUAAGUCAGUCGGAGAUUAUAUGGUUCCAAACGACUACAAUGCAGACGACUUUAUAGAACGCCAAAUGAUAAGUCAAGUGAUUAGCGCGUCUCUCAGCGAAAAACCUGCGAACGAACCGCUGCUCCAACCGGUCGUAUUCACUUUGAAAGUCGAGAAGAUGAAGCCAGACCAAAACAUAACACAACUUUGCUCCUUUUGGAAUUUUAGUCUUGGACAUACCGGAGCAUGGUCGCAGGAAGGCUGUUCACUUAAAGAGAAUAACAAUUCACAUGUGACGUGUCAAUGUGAUCAUCUUACCAACUUUGCAAUCCUUAUGGAUGUCCAUAGCACUAAGGUUGCAGAUGUCCAUUCAAUUGUUCUGUCAUAUAUAACAUAUGUGGGAAUUAUCAUAUCCAUUAUUUGUCUGGUGAUGUCUUGGAUAACAUUUGUGUGUCUCAGUAUAAGAUGUAUACGCGGAUCAAGGAGUAGUUAUGGAUACGGGGAAGGCAAAGAGUAUUAUGGAAAUAGCAGUAGUUAUUCUGGGUCUACUGCCAGUUCACGAUCCAUUCAAGGAGAGAGAAAUUCCAUACAUAAGAAUCUGGCAUUCUGUCUUUUUAUAGCAGAAGUUCUAUUUCUGUUUGGGAUAGAAAGAACGGAUAAUAAGAUUGCCUGUGCUGUCAUAGCAGGAUUUUUACAUUAUUUCUUUCUGUCAAGUUUUACAUGGAUGUUUGUUGAGGGUAUCCAUAUAGUAUUUAUGUUGGUACAAGUGUUUGACGCCGCCAGAUCUCGACUUAAAUACUACUAUAUCAUAGGAUAUGGUAUGUUUACUUUAGUAUUUGUAUAGUCU